CCCAACCCCGCGUGCCCCCCGGGUUCCUACCCGGCAUGGGCCCCUCCAAGCUCCCCUCCUCCCUCCCACCAGACUACGUGCUCGGCCCUCGGGAAGUCUACAGACCCGACCGCGUUUCACCCGAUAUUGAGCGCCUGAAGGACGUGCCGCAGGAGGAGAUCCCGAAGGACUUUAGGAAGGUCAAGCGACCGCUUUCGCUCCCUCGAUGGCUCCACCCGCUCGUUGUGAAGGUGGUACCGUAUUUGGGGUAUUAUUCGCCCAAGAUGACGGCUAUUAGGGAGACGAGGUGGUUGUAUCGGGGUAUUGCGAGGCGGGUUAUGGAAGAAGACGAGUUCUUCACAAACGAAUGUCGCCUUCCACCUACGUUCCAGACUUGGUUCCUGAUCACCAACCUCUACGUAUGGAUGCUCACUACCCGCCUUCGCGCCCUUCCUUCCCCACACGGGAAGAACUUUGUUCAAGAGCUCGUGAACCACUAUUUCCAGGAUGCGGAGGACCGGAUGCGGAUUAUCCUCACCCCUCGAUGCCCGGAACGGAUUUUGCGCACGCACCUGAUCGACUGCAGGUCCCAAUGGGCGGGGAUGACGCUCGCUCUUGAUCUUGGUCUGAUAGGCAGCGAUGUACAGCUAGCGGGCGCGUUGUGGAGGAACGUGUUUGAUGCCAGGGGAGGGAAGGAGGUGCAUGUCCCUGGUGCGAAGUGGACAUACCACCGAUUCCCUGCAGCAGAAGCGACACUCGCGCUUGAAGCGGACCAAGAGCUGAAGCAAGCGGCGGAGCUCGAGCUUCCUAGACUGCUCUACCUGUGGACGGCAUUCGUCAGGCGAGAAGUGAAAAGGCUCGAAGCGAUCAAGGACGAGGAUGUGUUGGUGAGCCAGAUCGGGAACUGGGGGAGCAUAGAUGAUGGCUCGGAGAGUAUCAGGAUCGAUAAGUGGGAAGAGGAGAAAGGGGAGGAUUGGGAGGUCGAAAAGGUUGUUAAGCUCCCUGCUGGGGAUGGGCCUCAGGUGGAGGACAGCCCAGUGAGCAGCAAGACAGAGGACAAGAGCGCUAGUGGUGCGCCAGUGCCGUAAUUUGAGGUUAAUUACUGAGCUAAUAAUGCGCAAAUACAUACAUCAUGUACCAAAUUGGCGGACGUACUAAGGUCGUAU